GUGAGCAUGCGCCCUGCAGCCCGGUUAAAACGCUUUCUGAGUGUACGGUGAGUGUUUGAGGAGACACCGGAGAGGAGACACCGGAGAAAGCUUCACGACAUCAGCUACUGUUCCACAAUGUCCAAACCGAAGUUUCAGACGGAGUCGGAGGAGAUUGACGAGGAGUAUCAACAGCUGCAGGAAACUCACAAAAUCUACAGACAGAAGCUUGAGGAGCUCACCAACCUUCAGACAACAUGCAGCAGCGCCAUCAGUAAACAGAGAAAAUGCCUAAAAGACUUAAGUAAAACCUUGACCAAGUGUUCAAAAGCAUGUGACGAGAAAGAAUUGAAACUAAUAACAGACAUCAGAACACAGAUCAAAGAUAAACAAAAUGUGUUCUUUGAUAUGGAAGCAUAUUUGCCAAAGAAAAACGGGCUGUACCUGAAUUUGGUCCUGGGCAACGUGAACGUAACGCUUCUCAGCAACCAGGCAAAAUUUGCCUACAAAGACGAGUAUGAGAAGUUCAAGCUUUAUAUGACAAUAAUCCUGAUGUUCGGAGCAAUAACCUGCCUCUUCUUUCUCAACUGGCGAGUCACUGAUGAAAUCUUCAACUUUUUGCUGGUGUGGUACUACUGCACAUUGACCAUAAGGGAAAGCAUCCUCAUGAGCAACGGCUCCAGGAUCAAAGGUUGGUGGGUGUCUCACCAUUAUGUGUCCACCUUUCUGUCCGGUGUGAUGCUCACAUGGCCAGAGGGGACCAUGUAUCAGAUGUUCAGAAGCCAGUUCCUCGCUUUCUCCAUCUAUCAGAGCUUUGUCCAGUUCCUCCAGUAUUACUACCAGAGCGGCUGCUUAUACAGGCUGCGAGCGCUGGGGGAGAGAAAUCAGCUGGACCUCACAGUGGAGGGAUUUCAGUCCUGGAUGUGGAGAGGCCUCACUUUUCUUUUGCCAUUCCUCUUUUUUGGCCAUUUUUGGCAGCUUUACAACUCGGUGACCCUGUUUAGCUUGGGAGGACAUGCGGACUGUAAGGAAUGGCAGGUAUUUAUGCUGGCACUGACAUUUCUCAUCCUAUUCCUGGGAAAUUUCCUCACCACAUUAAAAGUCGUCCACCAAAAGGUUCAGAAAAACCAGGGGAAAGUGCAAAAAAAUGACUGAGACAAACCUCCGAUCCUCACAAGCGGCCAGUAAUUUCGAAGCGACACGCACAAUCGCUUGAUAGACUGACCACAGUACGAUCAGGCCGGGAGCAGACGGAGCUGAAACCACUUAUUUCUCUCAGGCUUUGAUGGCAGCGGCAGUGUCCAGCCAAAGCAUCUGGCCAACAGGCUUCUGCUUUCUAAUGACUCGUCGUCGAUGUUGCUGCACAGUCGGUCUCAACACAAAGCGGUGAUCACCUUGAUAGACAAACUGUUUGUCGCAUUAUCGUGUACAUAAAAGGUGAGCGGGAAGAAUGUGUUUUUAUUUGGGUGUGUGUGUCAGCGCAUGAAUCUGUCAGAGAGCCUUUUCUUCAAAUCAUAUGCAACUAAAAGAGGGCAGGUAGCGUCGAUCAGCAGAACAGAAUAUAGUUUGCCUUUGAAGACCAAACGUCUGUCACGUACUUCAUACUUCCGUGAAGUGGCACUGGUCAAACUCUCCGGCCUGAACAGAAUUGGACAUGCUCAACUGGGCACUGCACUUCAUUUCUUGAAUUAUCUAACGGUUUUAUGUGUAGUUCUGACCUCCCUGUUGUGCUAUUUCACUGCUAACCAGUAUUUUUUACUAGACUUGUAGGUCAAAACACAAACCUGAUACUUGACUGCCCUUCUAUUUUUUUUGUUGUUUUCCUAGCUCCUCAAAGGAGUAAGGACUUCAAGGGAAUGCAACACUGUUUCUCUCUUCAGGUGGUGAUUACAAAAGCCAUAACCUUUUUUUUAAAGAUCUAACGCCUAAACUGGUUAUCUGGUUAAGUCACAUGAACACAGACAUAGAAACUUGCACUGCCUCUACAAAAAACGGUUGUUCCCAGUGAAGAUUAAAGGAACAGUGUGUAACAUUUCGGGGGAUCUAUUGGCAGAAAUGGAAUAUGAAAUAAAUGUUAAUACUAUGUUUUCAUUAGUGUAUAAUCACCUGAAACUAAGAAUCGUGUUUUCGUUAGCUUAGCUUCAUAUCUACAUAGGGAGCGGGUCCUCGUCACGGAGUCCGCCAUGUUGCUCCGCCAUGUUUCUACAGUAGCCCAGAACGGACAAACCAAAUUGGUUCUAGAGAGAGACUUUCAUGUUUUUACGUUGCCUGAAGGCUGCCAUAGCUUUCUGACAUGCUUGUAAAACUGUGGUAAUGUGAGUGCAAAACCGUGGUACCAUCAGCCGCAGUCUAACUUAAGUUGUUUCUAAGGGCCCUGACACACCAAGCCGACGGUCGGCCGUCGGACAGUUUGUGGCCGUCGGUGAUCGUCCAUCGGCCUAGUUUUUUCGGUGUGUCCUUCACCGUUGGCUCUAGUCUGCCCGUGUCUGAGUUUUUUUUUCCGGCGUUUCAGCAUGUUGAAUCGGCCGUGGUGCCCGUCGGUGAGAUAAAUCACUCUGAUUGGCUGUUCAUCUUAAACAAAUUAGUGCACGAGAAGAGAAAAACACAGAAGGCUCUUCUCAUUUUUCAUCUUCAUUUCAUCUGAUCAUUCCAACACAUGAAUAUUUUCACAACGACAUGGCCGUCUGGAAUGAAGUGAUGAGUGGUGCGAAAAUGGUCGCAAACGCUGCUUUAUUUCAAGUACAUGUGAUAACAACGGCUUGUAUAUCCGCAGUCCAUGGUCUUCCAGUUUCCAUUUUUGAAUGACAAAUACAGACUACUGCAACCUGCUGGUAGGGAGAGUUAUUUCAUCUCACGCCGGCGCAGAGGGUAUGCGCUUACUGGCCACCGGCUGUAGUCUUUGCGGUGUGUUCACGUGCAACAAUUUGGCCAAGACCAAGGUGACAUGAGGUGACUCAACAGGCGGCCUUCGUCACCGCUAGUUCUCUGACGUCGGGUCGGUGUGUCUGGGGCUUCAAGUAGUGUUAUUAUGGUAAGAAUGGCCUCUGAGCAAGGCGAGUGGCGUUACCACGGUUUUACAUUCGGAGGCUCGGCUGGAAGAAUGAGCGGAGCACUCAUUUGGUUGCAAUCUGCAACCACACCACCAGAUCCAACCAAUUCCUACACACCGUACCUUUAAGUGGGGGGAGGGGUUCAUGUGAACUCCUCGCCAGCGGUUACACUUCUCAUUACCAUAAUGCUAACAAUUUGUUACACAUAGGUUUAUGAUGUUUCACUAAUGGUCUAACUCUUCCUUCGAGCCUAUUUAACAUUUCAUCACAAAGGCAUGCACAGAUCAUUACUGUGCUGAAACAAACAACAUGCUGGUAGUUCCCAUCUUGUUAUGUGAUGUUGCAGAAAUGUAUUAUGAUCAAAUGCUGCUAUUAGCGCCGGUACUGUAAGACUAAGACACGGAAUGAUGAUUAAAAUGUUUCUGGAUUAUCGUUUUUCUAAUUCCAGUCAACAUACUAAAUAAAAAAAAAUAUUUGUAUGAGUUAAUUUAUGGCCAAACUUGGAGCUCUUGCUCUAGUUCACUGUAGUGUUGUCUGGUUCCUGUUUCAUGCUUGUUUGGGUCAUUUAGUUUUUUCAGCAAUGUCGGGUCUCUAAUGCCUUAUUCUUCCUCCAGCCUGUCACAGCAAAAAAAAUAGUCAUUUUAUUUUGAAAAAUCCAAAGACAGUAGCGGGUUUUUUUUAUGGCAUUUCCCAGAAAGCAAUCCUGCUGAAGAGAAUCACGAUAUUUAUGUUACACUUUUAUUGAAGGGAAAUUGUUAAGUCACAGACCAAAAUGUUACAUUUGAUGCGAGAGCUGCCAGAAUGCACAAAACAACUUGAUUUCCUCAUUUUUAUGAUGUAGCUGAUGUUAAACAAUGUUUUCAUUUGGAGACUGUACCUGGUGCCUGACUACGAUCAGUAUCAAGAGACAGUUGAUUCAAUCUGUGUACAUUGUUGUAAAAAAAAAAAUAAUAAAGAAAAGACCUAAUAAAAAAAUCAA